AUGAUUAUUUAUGAAGGACGGCGGUGGAAUGUUUGGAACAGAGAAGUGGAUGCGGAAGGCGGCGGUGGAGGGUUCGGAACUAAGAAGUGGAUGUGGAAGGCAGCGCAACCACCCUCCCAUCAUCAAGAGCCACCCUCUCAUCACAAACAACACCCUCCCAUCACUAACAACCACCCUCCCAUCACCAAAAACCAUCCUCCUAUCACCAACAACCACUCUCCCAUCACCAACAACUACCCUCCCAUCACCAACAACCACCCUCCCAUCACCAACAACCACCCUCCAUCACCAACAACCACCCUCCCAUCACCAACAACCACCCUCCCAUCACCAACAACCACCCUCCAUCACCAACAACCACCCUCCCAUCACCAACAACUACCCUCCCAUCACCAACAACCACCCUCCCAUCACCAACAACCACCUACCAGUCACAGAAAGACUUGUUCAGCCAAGGUUACUGUUAAAGCUGAUGCCCUCUUGCAUAUCAUCGGCCUAGCGCCGCCUGCCACGUGA